CGCGCCGCCUUCUGGGAGCAGCUUUACGAUAUAUUGACCGUCUUUUUACAACAGGCCGGGUUUGCUUUGUGGCUGUCAACUUUCGCCGAGGUCCGAGUUAGUAGCCACAUUAUCUGUGGUGGCAGCUACUAUAACGGCGGAAAAAUGAGGCAGAAGCGAAAAGGAGAUCUCAGCCCUGCUGAGCUAAUGAUGCUGACCAUAGGAGAUGUCAUUAAACAACUAAUUGAAGCCCAUGAACAGGGGAAAGACAUCGAUCUAAAUAAGGUGAAAACCAGGACAGCUGCCAAAUAUGGCCUUUCAGCACAGCCUCGCCUGGUGGAUAUCAUUGCUGCAGUCCCACCUCAGUAUCGAAAGGUCUUGGUCCCCAAGUUAAAGGCAAAACCCAUCAGAACUGCCAGUGGGAUUGCUGUUGUGGCUGUGAUGUGCAAACCCCACAGAUGUCCACAUAUCAGUUUUACAGGAAAUAUAUGUGUAUACUGCCCUGGUGGACCUGAUUCAGAUUUUGAAUAUUCAACCCAGUCUUAUACUGGAUAUGAGCCAACCUCCAUGCGAGCGAUUCGUGCUAGAUAUGACCCUUAUCUACAGACAAGACAUCGAAUCGAACAGUUGAAACAACUUGGUCACAGUGUGGAUAAAGUGGAGUUUAUUGUGAUGGGUGGAACAUUUAUGGCCCUUCCAGAAGAAUACAGAGAUUAUUUUAUUCGAAAUUUACAUGAUGCCUUGUCAGGACAUACCUCCAACAAUAUUUAUGAGGCAGUCAAGUAUUCUGAGAGGAGCCUCACAAAGUGCAUCGGAAUUACUAUUGAGACCAGACCUGAUUAUUGCAUGAAGCGGCAUUUAAGUGACAUGUUAACCUAUGGCUGUACAAGGCUAGAGAUUGGGGUGCAGAGUGUCUAUGAAGAUGUUGCCAGAGAUACCAACAGGGGCCACACUGUGAAGGCAGUAUGUGAGUCAUUUCACCUGGCCAAAGAUUCUGGUUUCAAAGUUGUGGCUCAUAUGAUGCCUGAUCUGCCAAAUGUGGGACUAGAGAGAGAUAUUGAACAGUUUACAGAGUUUUUUGAGAACCCUGCUUUUCGUCCUGAUGGUUUGAAGCUCUAUCCAACCCUAGUGAUUCGUGGAACUGGGCUUUAUGAGCUAUGGAAAUCAGGAAGAUAUAAGAGUUAUUCUCCUAGCGACCUGAUCGAAUUGGUAGCUCGGAUCCUUGCCCUUGUGCCUCCAUGGACUCGAGUGUACCGAGUGCAGAGAGAUAUUCCAAUGCCUUUAGUCAGCUCAGGAGUGGAGCAUGGUAAUUUGAGAGAGCUGGCAUUUGCAAGAAUGAAAGACCUUGGAAUACAGUGCCGAGAUGUAAGAACCAGAGAGGUUGGAAUUCAAGAAAUUCAUCACAAAGUACGGCCAUACCAGAUUGAAUUGGUAAGGAGAGAUUAUGUUGCAAAUGGUGGCUGGGAAACAUUCUUAUCAUACGAAGACCCAGAUCAAGACAUUUUGAUUGGCCUCCUGCGAUUACGGAAGUGUUCAGAGGAAACCUUCCGUUUCGAAUUGGUUGGAGGUGUCUCCAUCGUCCGCGAGCUGCACGUGUAUGGAAGUGUAGUCCCUGUGAGCAGUCGGGAUCCUACUAAAUUUCAGCAUCAGGGAUUUGGCAUGCUGCUGAUGGAGGAAGCAGAAAGAAUAGCUAGAGAAGAACAUGGAUCUGGGAAAAUAGCUGUUAUAUCAGGGGUUGGCACCAGAAAUUACUACAGAAAGAUUGGCUACAGAUUACAAGGCCCGUACAUGGUAAAGACGCUAAAAUAACAGCCACACCAGUCUACCUUGAUGCAGUAUUGUCCCUGGCAGGAAAUAGAUUCCAGAUGUCUUGACUGCUCAGCAGAGAGGCUGAGCAAAGCAAGUGGACCUACUCUGUUCCCCAGCACGAAGCUUCACCCUCAUCCUGCAGCUGCAGAGACUGGAACCUGUUUUCAGAGCGGUGGCCGGGUGGCUGCUGUCAUGCAGGGAGCCUCUGGCUCUCAGCGCUCCAUGCCACCCUUUCCUGCGUGUUCUCAACAAGCCACUUCAGUUUUCAAGGCUUAAGUCGUGUACCCAGUUUCUAAAUUCUGCAUGCGGCCUGCAGGUGACCUACUUUGACUCAGACACAAUGACAAAAACAAAUUAAUCAACUCAUUUAGACAUCAUGAUUCAUGAAGUAAAACUAGGUAUUGUCAUUGGAAGAGUAAACUUAGGAGUAGGUUAUUUAUAUGCUGUAGGGACACAAAGUCAGGUUGGAACCUAUGAAAACUGACAGACUUUGACUACAUAACCAUUCCAGCACAAGAAAACGAGCUUUUGUUUCAAUGGAAACCAUGCUGGUUCCUGGUGUUUAUAACAGUGAUAGGAGAGAGGAAUUGAGGUUGUGUGUGUUUCAAGCUUGAAACCAGCCUUUUUCAUUUGUGUGUCUACCGUCUACUGUGAGCCAUUACAAACAUCCUUUAUUUCAUAUUUUUUAUUGUCUGUACUUCCCCUACUCUUGAGAACUGUAAAGCUGUGGCUUCCCUUUUGUCUGUCCUGUGCAGGCAGAGUGUGACAUACUUGUGUCUUGGGUGGUGUGAUCCUAAGUCAAGAUUUCCUCCCACAGAAGCCGUUCCCUGCAUUUUAAUUCUUUAAGAUAGAUGUUGAUUUGUUUUAAAUAGAGAAAGAUGAAUUCAACUCAUAUAUGAAGCAAAAAAAAAAAAAAGCAAAACAGGCCCAAAUCUAAAAAUGGGGGAAAGACUGGCUUUUUCAAAGGUAUCUUAUAGAACUGCCUCUUUGUAACGUCCAGGUAAUCUAAGGAGACUCAGCCUGGAGAGGGUCAGUUCUGAAAGAGCAUGGCUUAACCCUGCACCCCUCGCUUCUGUGGCAUUUUACAAAGGUUUAUUAAAUGGAAUUGAUUCCCCUAAGAGUUUCAAGAAAUAAAAUCUUCAGCAUAUGAAGAAGAAUCACGUAAUGUUUUUUUCUCUCCCUGUAAAUGCGGUGACAUUUGCCAUGAAUUUACAGGUUUGGGUUUCCAGUCUGUGACACUAUUCAUUUCCUCCUGGGUGCCGUUUGCCAUUUCAUUAAACUGCCACACGGCAAAUGGCAUUGGCUUUCUCAUGGGCUCACUGUGGAACUAGAGAGGCUUUCCAUGAGUGUAGUUUAGGGAAUUUAGCUACUUCUCGAUUAUGCUUGUUUUCCCUUUAAAAAUGAAACUAUUAAACUAAUAAAGCAUAUACCA